UUCUGGUGUCUGCGUCUGUUCCUUGGCCUCCUGCUGCUCCGGCCGGCCGCUGCUCACGUUUUCUUGGACGGCCAGACAGCCAGCCAGGUUCUGAUGCGGCCCAGAAGAGCCAACAGCUUUCUGGAGGAGUUGAAACAAGGCAACAUGGAGAGGGAAUGCAUGGAGGAGCGCUGCGACUGGGAGGAAGCCCGAGAGAUCUUCGAAAACAAAGAGAAAACUAAUGACUUCUGGGCCAAAUAUGUCGAUGGCGACGCUUGCUAUUCGGGGCCGUGUGUACAUGAUGGACAAUGCAAAGACGGGAUUGGAACCUACACCUGCUACUGCCAGGAGGGCUACCAGGGCUUCAACUGUGAAAUCGUGAUUCCUGAACUCUGUGAGAACAAAAACGGCGGCUGUGAACAUUUCUGCAACGUGGUUGGAGGCAGCGUCCAGUGCUCCUGCGCUGACGGAUAUUUCUUGGGAUUGGACGAUAAGUCCUGCAACUCCAACGAAAAGUUCAAAUGUGGCGCCCUCAUCACCGAAAACGCCCGGAGGGUCUUCAGGUACGAGAGGACAAACAUGACGACGGCGAACACGACCGAUUUGAAUGUUACCGUCAACGCAACCGAGCAGCGAGACGUUCUGGAUCUUCUGUCCACAGCAGAGAACAGCAGCAACAGUUUACCGAGAAUCAUCGAGCAACAAAUCAUCUCACAGAUGGCGGGAAUGACUCGCAUCGUGAACGGAGAGGACUGUCCACCUGGAGAGUGUCCGUGGCAGGCUCUGCUCCUGAACGAGGACGAUCAGGGUUUCUGUGGUGGAACGAUCCUCAACGAAUACAUCAUCCUGACCGCCGCCCACUGCAUGAACCAAUCACGGUACAUCUACGUCAAGCUCGGUGAGUUCGACACGUUGGAGGAUCACGGUAACGAAGUCGCUCACACAGUGGAAACGAUCGUGACCCACAACAGGUACCAACCCAACACCUACCACAACGACAUCGCGCUCAUCAAACUGGCCACGCCCAUCAAGUUCAGCAGGUACAUCCUGCCGGCCUGCUUACCUGAGCAGGACUUCGCUGAAAAGGUCCUGAUGCGGCAGCCCGACGGGAUGGUCAGCGGUUUCGGGCGUCUCGGUGAAGGUCGGCAGGCGUCCACCAUCCUGCAGCGCCUCACCGUCCCCUACGUCGAUCGUCAGACCUGCUUGGAAUCGACGCCGCUGCGAAUCUCCACCCGCAUGUUCUGCGCCGGCUACGAUGCGAUCGCCAAAGACGCCUGCCAGGGCGACAGCGGCGGGCCGCAUGUCACCAGCUACCGAGGAACCUACUUCGUCACCGGCAUCGUGAGCUGGGGCGAAGGCUGCGCCCGCAGGGGCAAGUACGGCGUCUACACCCAGGUGUCCAAGUUCAUCCGAUGGAUCCGAGAGGGAAUCAACAAGCUGGUACCUAAAGACAAGAGCGGCGCUCGGAGGAAGAGGCACCGCGGCGCCAUCAAGAGGCUGUUCCUACUGAAUGUCGUCAGUGUGACGGCCGUCGGCAUCAUGGCAGCGCUUCUGCUCGCAAUCAGCCUCCUCAGAUGUUUCCUUCAGGUCCACGGAGACGUGUUUCGUGGACAACCUGAAGCAGUCGGCGGGUUCCUGCGGUCCAAACGGGCCAACCAGUUCCUGCUGGAGGAGAUCCUGCAGGGGAACCUGGAGAGGGAGUGCUACGAGGAGCUGUGCAGCUACGAGGAGGCUCGAGAAUACUUUGAGGACACGAGCAGGACGAUCAAGUUCUGGACGGUUUAUUACGACGGCGACCAGUGCGAACCGAACCCCUGCCUCCACGGAGGGAACUGCACCGACAGGGUGGGCGGCUUCUCCUGUUCCUGCAGCGCCCCCUACCACGGGCUGCUCUGCCAGCUGGGACCACUGGGAGAACUGGGAGAUGCAGGACCACCCUUCGUCGCACCGCAAUUCACCCAACCAGAGGUCUCCAAGUGUCCGACCGGCGGUCCGGCGGCGUGCCACCAGCUGUGCACGGCGUCCUUCCACGCCUUCAGGUGCUCCUGCAUGUCGGGCUUCAAGCUGCAGAGCGACGGACGCAGCUGCGAACCUGAAGCCCAGUUUCCCUGCGGACGGCUUCCCGACGCCGCCUCAGCGUGUCACCAUGGAGACUGUCCCUGGCAGGUGUCCCUGCGGAGCAGCAGAGGGGCGGAGCUCUGCGGCGGUGUGGUUCUCGGUCGGCGCUCCGUCCUCACCACCUCCCGCUGCCUCAUCCUGAACUCUGGUUCCGACCCAACGCCCUCCGACUUCCUCGUGCUUGCCGGCAACAGGAAGGUGCUGCUGCCAGUGCGAGCGCUGUUCCUUCACGACCGUUUCCGGGUGGAUCGCCAUGACAACGACCUCGCCCUCCUCCAACUGGACAGACCGCUGCCCUUUGGCCCCGCCCUCAUCCACCUCUGCUUGCCCACCAAGGACUUCGGUGAGAACAUCCUGAUGCAUCCUGGGAGGACUGGCAUCGCAAAGAGAUGGAACCAGAACCAAGACCAGAACCAGAACCAGGACCUGGUGUACAUGACGCUGGACGAGUGCCGCAGCCAGCUAAACGUCUCACACCCACUCAGUAACAAAAUGUUCUGCAUGAAGAGGCAGAACCAAACAUCAGGGAACCAAAAGAGAACCCACCAGAGUCUAAAUGAAUCUCUAUGGAACCAAAACCGAGGUCCCAGCGGGCCACAUGUUCCUUUAGGUAACUGGGAUGAAACCCAGAGCCCAAGUGGACCAUUAGGGAAUCGAAGACAGAUCAGGAUCCAGAAUCGAACCCAAAACGCUCAUAACGGGUCGCAGAGUGUCGGCGUCCCUGUGAAGGUUCAGAACCAGGAAGCCUCAUCUGCCGGCGAGUCGAGGUCCGGGGUCAGCGGUGGGUCAUGUGACAGCCUGUUGCCGGGGACGCCGGUUGCCACGGUGGAGCAAGGGACGGCCUUCCUGACCGGGCUGCUGAUGUCGUCGUCCUCCGGUGGCUCCGUCUUCACCAAGCUGUCUCGGUACCUGAACUGGAUCCGACCGAGGCUGGAGGCAGCCGAGCAUCACAUGACCUCCCAGGUGAGCCAGUACCCCGAGGCCCACUGAGCCGCCUUCUUCAGAGACUCUGUUUAUUUAAAGUCGUGAGCAGAACUGUGGACCGUCCUCUGGAGAAACCGAUGCGCUGUUUGGUGACAAACAGAAGGUGCUGCUGAUCUGCAGAAACAGGAAAUCUCAGAAGAAUUUGUAUCUGAAACGUGUAAAUUUACGUUUGCUGUCUCUCAAAAAGUGCUUUUGAAUAAAUACAUUUAAAAACUGAA